CGGGGACAGGAGCGCGGGGCAGGCGCAUGCGGUAGCGCGUGCGCGCGGGCGGCGGAGCCGUCGGGAUGUCGCGUUACGGCCGCUAUGGAGGCGAGACCAAGGUGUACGUGGGCAACCUGGGCACGGGCGCGGGCAAAGGCGAGCUGGAGAGAGCCUUCAGCUACUACGGCCCGCUGAGAACCGUGUGGAUCGCGAGGAACCCGCCGGGGUUCGCCUUUGUGGAGUUCGAGGACCCGCGGGACGCUGAAGAUGCCGUGCUUGGCCUCGAUGGGAAGAUAAUAUGUGGCUCGAGGGUGAGAGUGGAAGUGUCCACGGGAAUGCCGCGGCGCUCCCGUUACGACAGGCCCCCUGCCCGGCGCCCCUUUGACCCCAACGACAGAUGCUACGAGUGUGGUGAGAAAGGCCACUAUGCCUAUGACUGUCACCGCUACAGCCGCCGCAGGAGGAGCAGGUCCCGGUCUAGAUCGCGCUCGAGGUCCCGAGGAAGGAGAUAUUCUCGGUCACGCAGUCGGAGCCGUGGUAGGAGGUCCAGGUCAGCUUCCUAUCGUAGGUCCCGGUCUGUUUCUCCUCGUAGGUCUAGGUCCGUGUCUCCUCGCCGGUCCCGAUCGGCUUCCUUGAAGAGAUCGAGGUCUAGAUCAAGAUCCAGAUCUAGGUCAAGAUCUGUUACAUGGCCCCGAAGCAGGUCUAGGUCUCAUGGCAGAUCAAAGUCUGGCUCUCCAGCUAAGAGUCGGUCAAAGUCCCGAUCACCAUCUCCAAAGAGAAGCCGCUCACCAUCAGGAAGCCCGCAAAGAAGUGCAAGUCCUGAAAGAAUGGAUUAAAGUUAUGAAGUUAAUCUUUUAGGAAGAAAGUUAUUUUGCUUACAUUAUUAUAAGGGAUUUUGUGGUGUCUUUGUAAAUGUAAGAAUGUAGAUAGAAGAGUAUAUCGACUAAAAUUUGGCAUGAUCUGGGUCUUCUGAGUUAGUCACACCAAUAGACUAGCACAGGUCUCUUUUUAUUGUAUGAAAUAACUUCCUGUGAUAUGAAAAUGUGGGACUUUUUUAUUGGCACAUUGAAAUAAAAUGUGUAUUUUUAACUAAAA